UUGUGUGCGUGUGAUAAAACAGAUGCUAUAUAAAACAACUGAAUAUUUAAUAAGACAAGUUUUGGUGCAUAGCAUUAAUGUUUCUAUACUGUUCGGCAUACAGAAUCAAUACCGCCCUAGCUUGUUGCAUGACGCUUUAUCCUUUUUCUUCGCUUAAGUUGUUAAGAAAACCAUUUCAAAAAAAAAAUUCUCUGAGGCCUCACAGAGCAUUCAAUUUCAUUUAUCUUUAUUGCUAACUUUCUGAAUGAAUUCUUGACUUGAUGCUCAGACUAUGGUUAUAACUGACGUGACUAGAGCGAUUUGUUGCCACAUUUUAUUGCUCUAAUCAUACUGAUCGAUUUCAAAUCUUUUGAAUCUGCUGAAUCGCUGCUGACGUGAAAGGCGUGUGUUCUUUGAAGGUGUAACUUGAAAAUGUGAAGGAAUUGAGUUCACUGCUGCAGACAUCAAAGUCAAUCUACUUUCAUUGUAGCAAUAAACUCAUUCUAUGUUCGGCUCGAAUGCUUCGACUCCUUUCAGUCUUGCCUGGACAGUGAACGUUUUCGUAAGUGCCAGUGUUUUUUGUAUUUAGGAUAUUUGUAGGUAGGACGUUUGUAGGUAAGGCGUCUGUAGGUUGGACGUUUGUAAUUAGGAUGUUUAUACGUAGGACAUUUGUUGAUAGGACGUCUGUGGUUAGAACGUUUGAAAUUAGGACGUUUGUAUGUAGGACGUCUGUAAAUAAGAUGUUUGCAGAUAAGAACAGCAGCGAAAUGAGAGUUGAUAGGAGUUUCCCGCUGAAUACUGAUUCAGAGGAAGUGUGCUGGAGUCAUGACCCUUGCCGGAUCACUCUUGGCAUCUUCACUGAUGCCUAUGACAACUUCUCGGUAGGGCACCAGUACCAGUCAGUCAUAGACCUGGUGGAUCCCAGUUUGAAAUUGUUCUGUGAAACAGAGAGGGAAGUCCCAUUUAACAGCAACUCCCCCCAGAAUGACAGUUCCUUCACUCCCAGCCUGGCAUUAAUGCUUUUUCUGCGUGGGUCUGAUGCAGAUGACAAUGUCAGCAGCGAGGAUCAAUUCCGCUUGCGAAAAGCCAUGCAUAUAUUUCAGCACCCACCUUGGAGGUUUCACCACUCAGAGAAAGUGAAUCAAGAGCACAUGAACGCUCUGCCUCAAAACUCUCAAGAUUUCUAUCUUUUAGCUCCAGACCUUCCGCUAUGGGCCUUGAGACAGGUCCACUACGGUCGUGAGCACAUCAGAUAUGUUCUAUACACCCAGGAUGACUCCUGGGCUGACCAGGUCCAGUUUUACUCCCUCCUAAUUGGUUUGAAACCUGAGCUUCUCAGAGCAGACUUUUGCUUGUUUACACUGUAUGCUAAUGAGCACUAUGACGUUCAAUUUGCCCUAAAAAAGCAGCCUGGCAAUGUGCAGACUCUGGCUGGAGUGCAGAUUCAGAUCAAAGUGAAAGACAUAGGUCAACUGGUGCCUUUGUUUCCUAAUGUUUGCCGCCCUAUCAGUGAUGUCCAUUGGGAGACCAUGGAUCAUGAUGGUAAUAUUGUUGUCCUGAAUCUUAUCAAAACCAAACAAGAUCACACCAGGGCUAAAACAAUGCCCAAAAGGUCUUACUGUCCACCAGCUGGUCAGUAUACCAAUAACAAUAUCUGCAGCUCUGAAGACUCUGACUUCUUUUCCCUGACCUCAUCAUCUGAAGAUUUCAGCAUGAAAUCAGGUUACCAUACAUAUAGCAACAUGGUGUCACCAACUGAACAUUUAAACAUGAAGGCAGGUUACCAUACCUAUAGCAACAUGGUGUCACCAACUGAACAUUUAAACAUGAAAGCAGGUUACCAUACAUAUAGCAACAUGGUGUCACCAUGCAUUUCUGAACCCUCCAGCCACUUCAUAUUCGAUUCCACAUCCAGUGACCUUGACUGUGACCUGCCCUUGGUCUCCAGGUGCAAGCACAAGGAGGAGGACGAGACAAGCCUCACUCCCACCACCACCUCUGAAGAAAGUGGGAUACAGAACUGCUCAGACGACGCCUCCUACUGUGAAGAGGACUCUUUGAAGUCAUGCUUGAGCGUUUCAUCUAAACACCGUAUUGUCAAACUCAAAGUCAGGUUUAAGGAUGAGGUUCAAACCUUUGACGAAGACACAUGCAGCCAACAUUCAUCAGGCAUUGACAGUGAUUCAGAAAUGGAAACCAAGUUUUCUUUUACACCUCUCAAUAAAACACUUGAGCAGAAUGACCAACCCUCACAAGAUAUCAACUUCCUACAUCAGAGAAAUCAUCAAACAAACAAUGAUGCUAGAAUUCUUUCCCAGUCAUCAUCUUAUCAAAAUGUCUCCAAGCUGCCACAAAAUAAAUUUCAUUACACUGACAAACAUGUAAAAGGCUCAUGUUUUAAUUCAGGCACCCCACCGUUACCCACAACAUUUAGGCUUUGUGAUUCCAGAACAAGUAGUAACAACCAAAAUGUCUCAACUUUAAAAGACAACUUAAGUUACUCUUCCAGUUUAUCAAAUAAUAAUGUUGAGCAAUGUUACAAUAAAUCUAAAAAUGCUGCCGAUAGCAAAGACAGCACAUCAUUCAGAACUUCUGAUCAACUUUCUAGUGGACCAUUAACACAUCCCAAAGUUCAAAGUAUUCAAGAGGAUAAAACCACUAUGAGAGGUCAUCACAUGUCAAGGUCACCUCAGAGAUGUGCAGGGUCUGCCCAGCCUCCCCCACCUCCUGUUCGAGACAUCAACACAAGGUUGCGCUCAGUCUCAUGCAGUGACACCACGCCCUCAAACUUGGUUGCUGUAACUAAACAAAAUGGGCAGCAAAAAUUUUAUUUUGAGGUAACACCCACAACUGUUGGCUCAUCACCUUGCCCAGAUAAAAAUGGCAGCCACCAGGACACUGCUCUAAAAUUCACUCUAAAGUAUGACACAGGAUUGUCUUCUGGCCAGGAGCAAGUUGGAUUCUAUGUCUAGACUGACGUGCCAUGUUGACUAAUGUUGACCAAAUUAGGACAGUGACCUUCAAGUUGUGUUUUCAUCCCACCUUAUUAGGCCUAGUUUAAAAGGCAUUCUCCAAAUGGACAAGGGAAACAAAUCUAAUUAAAAGUGAUCAACAUCUGCCAAAAUAAUGUCCCCAUGUACCAAAAUAGGACAGCAAAUGUAUUUUGGCAGUUGUCUGAUUUGGCAGCUUUCAUUUCUUUCAAUCAUGGGCAAAUGUUGUGUUGUAAGACCCAAUGGUCUAUUUUCUGAGUAUUCCAGUAGGCCUAAUCAAUGUGGCUACAUAGUUCUAUUCUGAUCUUAAAAUGUGUGUGUGUGUGUGCAUGGGUGGGGGAAAUCAGAUUUCUUAACAAUUGUAAGCAUUUAAACAGACUUUUUUUAAUUGAAAUGUCUAGACAAAAAAAAAAAAAAGUAGAAUGGAAGACAUUGAUUUUUUUCCUUUCAAUUACAGUAUGCUGAUUCAAUGAUCAUGAAACAUAACAUGAAUAGUGCUAACAACUUAAAAACUAAAUUUUUUUAAAAUUCUCAACAGAAGCUCAAAAAAAACUUAAAUGAAUUUUAUAUUUCAAAGGAAGCAUAGCCUACUCAAAACAAUUCAGUAGAUGUCAGCUAAAAGUUAUGGAAAAUGUUUUUGGACCUGAAGGAUACUAUUUUUAUCCUUUUUUUUUUUAAAUUUGGACUUCUGUACCAUAUAAACUAAAAUAAUGAUUUUUUUUUCUUCUUUUCCAAUUUUCAAGUGUCUGCUAUAAGAAAAAAACAGUGAAAGAAUGAGUUUUUAAAACAUAAGCCACCUCCCCCCACCUUCAGAAAAUGUGACAAGUUUGGUAGAUUUUUGCCAAACCAGUUCAGAUUUUGUUUUAUGUCCAUAAAAAACUAAUGCACAGAAUAAAGUUGACUGAAAAAGCUACAAAAGUUUUAACAUCAUUAGAAAUGAUCCCAAACAAAAAUCAAUAUUGAUCCAUUUCAAUCAAACUCUCUCCUCUGUUCUAGAGGCAUUUUAAAAGAAGUCAUUGAUCAAUUGUCAAUCAAUAUACUUAUCAACUUCUAUUAUUUGAACCACUCACUAGUUCCCACAACUCUAUUGUAAGUCUAAUAGCUCACUGAAAUCUGGCUGGGUUCAAAUGAACAUUUUUGUCAUUGCUUUUUUUUUAAAAGGAACUUUUUCAAUUAUUGAUUUAUGGAUAAAUCAUACCAUAUGGAGAACACUCGUUUUAUUUCAGAAUAAAUGCAUUGAAGCAUGGCACUAUAAAAAUGUAUAAGGUAUAAAUGUAAACUGUUAGGUCCAAAAUAAUCUUUAAAAGCUUUUUAGUUUGUUUGUUUUUUGUAGGAUGAAACUGAAGAAUUCAAACAGUUUUAUAUGUGAUAAUAUGUAAUUUAAUGUGUAUGUAUGUGUUUGUACUGUUUCUAUUAUAAAGUGUUUUCUCUUAUGAAUAGAUCUAUUUGUUCUAUUUGAAAAGUUAUGAAGAAAUAUAACUACAGUACAUGAUAUUUGGUUAUGAUAUACCAGGAUAAAUAGAAUAACAAAUCACCAAAACAGGGGACAUUAUUAAAAACAGAUCAAGCAAAAAAAUUUACCUAAAUUGUUUUUGUGACUGCUUCACUGAACUUGUCAUGUUGGGUGUCAUAAUAAUAGUAUCUUUACUUUCAUCAGCUGAGGCAUAGUAAAUCAUCAUUGAUACUAAUAAUAAAUGUGUAGUAGUCCCAUUAUGACUUUAGAAAAGAUUAAAUCAUAUUAAUUGUUGUUUUUUUUCAUACCAGGAUCAAUGUGCUUUCUUUUCAUUCAUAUUUCCUUCAUCAACUAGAUAUUUCUAGCUGUAUCUAUUGUGGACAAAUAGAACUGCUGAGAUUAUAAUAGAGGUUGUUUAAUUUUGUUUUUUUAUUAUAAAGGAAGUAUUUCUGCAAAGUACUGUGUCAAUUAUAUUUAUUUGUGCUCUGUAAAUAUUUGACAAUGACAAUAUAAAUUAAAUUAUUAUCUAUGAUG